CUUGUUGUUUGUGGUUGAGUUGACAUUUAGUGAAUGUGAUAAGCUGGCUAAAAUAAUAUCAAAAAUACAAAAAAUCAGUUCAAUUAACGGACAGCAAAGGUCAGCCCCACCAUUCCCAGAACGAAAUAAAUAUGUCGCUGCAGCGGCUGUCAGCGCUGCGGGCGCUCAUGGCGGCCCAGCCGACAGCGCUGGCCGCGUAUAUAGUGCCCACAGCUGACGCACAUAACUCCGAAUACAUCGCGCCAGCGGACGCCCGUCGUGAAUGGCUGUCCGGAUUCACGGGCUCAGCUGGUACGGCGGUGGUGACCACCGACCGCGCUCUUGUGUGGACCGACGGUCGUUACUACACGCAGUUCCAGAAAGAAACCGACGCGGCGCUCUGGACCCUCAUGAAGCAGUCUCUCCCCGACACUUUGUCUAUGGAAAAGUGGCUGGUGAAGAACUUAGUGGAAGGAUCCGUCGUGGGCGCUGACCCUCACACCAUGACGAGGGACGAGUGGACCCCGCUGCAAUCGGCGUUAUCGAAAGCGAACAUGCAGCUCAUCGCUAUACCGCGUAACCUGGUGGACGAGGCGCGCGCGCAGCUCGGCCACCCGGCCCCGGCCCGCCCGCACAACGCCCUGCUGCCGUUGUCUGUCAAGUACACAGGCAAAACAGCUGGUCAGAAGAUAGAAGAGCUAAGAAGUAAGAUGGUGGAGAAGAAAGCCGCCGCGCUGGUGAUAACGGCGCUUGAUGAAGUCGCUUACACCCUCAACCUUCGUGGCUCCGAUAUUGACUAUAACCCGGUCUUCUUCUCAUAUCUGGUGCUGACGGCUAACACUGCCGACCUGUUCUGGGGAGAUGGUUCGCUGACAGACGAGAUCAAGGGCCACCUGAAGUGGGAGGGCGUGGAAAUCACAGGCCGUCCGUAUGCGGAUGUCGUCAACCAUUUGACUACUAUGGCGCGCGAACUCUCAGAGAGCGGGGAUUGUGCGAAGUCCGUGUGGUUGUCCAGUGACGCCAGUGAGGCUAUACACCGCGCUGCCGCCGGCAGUCACAUUCAUCAAAAACCUCUGUGUUUAAUAUCAGAAGUGUCGCCGGUCGCGCUCGCUAAACUCAUCAAAAAUGACGUGGAGUUGGUGGGCUUCCGCAACUGCCACGUGCGCGACGGUGUCGCUGUCAGCCGUCUUCUCCGCUGGCUGCAUAUCCAACUGGACGCCGGCGCUACAGUCACAGAGCCGCAAGUCGCCGAGAAACUUCUAGAGUUUCGCAAGGAGGAAGAUGACUUCAUGGGCCCCUCGUUCGAGACGAUAGCCGGCGCUGGUGCGAACGGCGCCAUCAUACAUUACACUCCUUCCAAAGAUAAUCCUACUGUCAUUAAGAGAGACGACAUGUUCCUACUGGACUCAGGAGGACAGUACAAGGAUGGCACAACGGACAUAACUCGCACCCGGCACAUGGGCAGCCCUACAGCGGAACAGAAGGAUGCCUUCACCAGAGUGCUGAAGGGACAGAUCUCUGUUGGCUCAGCCCUGUUCCCCCAGGGAGUCAAGGGCAACGUCCUGGACAGUUUCGCCCGCAAGGCCCUCUGGGACGUGGGGCUCGACUACGCUCACGGCACCGGGCACGGCGUCGGCCACUUUCUCAACGUGCACGAGGGGCCCUCCGGCGUGUCCUGGAGGCCCUACCCGCACGACCCCGGCCUGAAGCCCCAGCAGAUCCUUAGCAACGAACCGGGGUAUUAUAAAGUGGGAGAGUAUGGCAUCAGGCACGAAGAUUUGGUCGAAACCGUCAGUGUUACCAAGGACUCCAACCAUCCAAGAGCUCAACAUCUGGUGGGAGACUAUGACGGUCGCGGUGUCUUGGGCUUCGACACGCUGACUUUGGUGCCUCACCACCGUGCCUGCAUUGACGCUAGCCUGCUCGACGAUUUCGAGCUGGCAUACUUGAACGCGUAUCAUAAGCGUGUGGUUGACACACUCGGCCCCAUAUUAGAGGCCCGCGGCCUCACAGAAGACGCGGCUUGGUUGGCGGCUGAAUGCGCCCCCAUAAUUAAGAUACGCUGAGAUUUCGAUGUCCUGGAAAAAUGAAAAAGGAGCUUUUACCGCUUUAACGUUUAUAUUUUUUGUAACUUAUCCUGUAUGUAUACUAAUAUUAAAACAUGCAAUAAAUAUUGAUCAAUUAUUAA